AUGAGAUUUUUAUAAGUGCUUCGAUGCAUUUUAAUUUUGUUCUGUUGCAAUUCGUGUAAAUUAACGCGAAAAUAGUGACACGCAAAUAAAAAAAAGUGAGAGAAAUUGUGGUAAUGUGAAUCAUACUUUAGAAUAUAACGAAGAAUACAUGGAACUGUUAUCACCAGAUUUUUUUGAUACGUGUAAAUAACAAUCAUUUGCUACACUGGGAAAUACCAAAAAAGUCGAUCUCUAAUUAUAGAAAUGACUCUGAUCGAGGGUGUUGGAAAUGAAGUUACAAAUUUCUUUAUUGUUGUGGUUGUCCUCUUGGUAGGCUGGCUUGCAUGGUGUUCUACCAGCAUCAUAGAUCAACCAUUAAUACGCACAGUACUUAUAUUACAACAUCGAACACGCACACAUAACGCCGAACUUAGAUCUAAUCAUCAAAAUACAAACAUCAGUCAGGCUUCAAAUAUGGAGAUAUCGCAGGAUGAAUCUGUAGAGCCAAUUACUGAGAAUAAUAGCAAUAAUUCGCAAAGUUGUCCACAACCAUCUGUUGCAGACACAAAUGGAGAAAUUUCCUUAGAAUCGCAUGGAAUAUUCGAAGCAACUGCUACGGAAGAAGUACUUAUUGAAGCUAUGGACUCGUUCAAUAAUGAUAAUACACCUUUGUUGCAAAAGCAAACUAAAAUAGAUACUACGGAGGAAACAAGUAUACCGACAUCAGCAUGCAUUGAUAAUGUAGAAUGCAGACCUGAAAAUCUUUCAACGAACGAUGCUAAUGAAAUUAGCAUAAAACUUAAGUUUAUAAAUGAUGAUGAAAAAGUAGUUAUCGGAAGUCUUAAUGAACUACUUGGGGACUUUAAAAGGAGACACUUCCAAACGGAACUUGAUGAACAGAAAUUGGUUCGUUUAAUUUUUAAAGGUCAUAUAUUACAAACUGAUAAUCAAACAUUAGAGCAAUGUGGUUUGUAUAACAACUGUGUAGUCCACUGUUUGAUACACCAGCCUAGACCAAGCCCUAUACCACCUCAGACGUCAACAUUAGACAAUUCGUCAACAAUGUAUAUCAUUCCUGUGGCAAUUUCAGAUAUACCUGCAGCACUAGAAGAUGUACUUGAUGCCAGAGAAAUUAGUUCAGUACAUAACGAAUGGGAUUUAAGUAGACUCUUAGUCUGUAUUUUGACUCUUAUUAUAGGUGUUGCUUGGUAUACUCUGUACCAUCGAGCUCAACUUUUUACUGCAACUACUACACUUGCAUUAUACACGUUCACUACAAUUUUUACCGUUUCAUUAUUCUGUCACUUCUUUUCUGAUCAAGAUAACAUUAGAAAUACUGAAUAAAUUUAAAUUGGAUUCGUCGAUAAACACUUUAAGAUAUUAUUUUGAAAUAUGAUUUUGUAAAAUCCAUAUUGUUUAAACACACUUGUUCUUGACAUUAAAUAGAAUAUAAUGAGUAAUAUUGCGAUUUUUAUAAGUGGUUUAAACUAAAUCAUUUAAAUAAAAAAUGAAAUCUGCCUGAUUAUGUAUAAUCGCGUUUCAGUAGAGGUGACUUUCUAUGCAUUAAAUUCAAAACUGAUUUAUGUAUUUGAAAGGAUUUAUUUUUGGGUUAACGUGACACCGAUUAAAAAAGAAAGCAUGUAUAUUAUGACGUUAUAUUUAUAACAAAGAAUCAAUUCUUUAGUACCUAGUCAACAUUUGUUUAUUUAGAUAUGUUUAUAAAAUUAAUCUUUGAUAAAUAUUAUUAAAGUGUUGAAUUAGUUAUAAUAAAUACUAUAAACUAUGGUAACAAUGGUGCUGUAUUAUAUUACUUUCAAGAGUGUUUAUUAUAUAUGUUCAUGUUUGUAAUUUUUUUUAUUGUAUUUGAAAAUAUCAUCAUGCACAUCUACAAGUGCGAUUUUAAUCCGAUUAACGUAAUCAUUAUUAGUAAUUUAUAAGUUGUGGUUUACAUUAGGGUAACGUGUGUUUAAUUUUUCUGUAAAAAAAAUACUCUUGCAACCUGUAAAAUUUACAAUUCUCAAAUGAAAAUUGCAUACGAAGGCAUAUAAUUUUCUUUGCACCAUUUAUUCAUUGUUACAGAAGAAUGACUAAAAUCGUCGAGGGUGUAUAAAUAUAUAUAAUUAGUAAUGUGUUAAAACUAUUACAAUUGUAAUUUGCUACGAGAUACACUUCAUUAUACUUCCAAAAAAAAGGAACUUCAUUGUUAUCUAUGGCUAAGGGCGUCAUCAAGGGCAAUGAUUAAUAAUUACCUCUAUAAUUCAUUGUACCAUAGUAGUUUGUAGAUAACUGUAAUUACAAAAUAUCGUUACAGUUUUACUAAAUGUGAAUAAAUGUCUAUUUAUUCGAUGUUUUCUUGCAUUUGUAUAUUUUUUAAUUUGUGGAUUAAGUAAAUGUAAAUAAACAUUUUAUUUUUCA